GCGGUGGCGAGCUGGUGGCGAGCGGUCCUCGCGCCUCCCCCACCCCCGGGGCCCGCUCGGGAUCGCCGCUUCGGCCCCGGUCGAAGGAGGGACGAACGAACACUCGGGCCGACAGCGGCUGAGAAAACGGACGGCUUCCGCGCGACCGAUCCGGUCGAGUUCUUUCCGAGCCGGCAACUCGUCGACGCGCCGACCGGCACCCCCACUCGUCCGCUCCCCCGGGUUCGCCCGACAUGAGGGGACGAGUCCUCGCGGCCUGCCUCCUGGGGCUCGCCCUGGCCCGGGCGGGAAGUCCCCGGCUGCCCAGGACAUCGGCCGAUCAACGCGGCGUGCGCAACGCCAACCUGGCCGGCGGCAACCUCACCGUCUCCAGCUCCGGCCCGGCCCCGGGCUCCACCUCGGCGGGCGCUCCGAGCGGCCUGCUCGCCCUGGCACCGCCGCCCUCUCCGUCGAGGGGCUCCCAGAGGAACAGGGAGCAGUACCUCUUUAACGUCUUCGAAGUGAUCGUCUCGACUCUGGAAUCGAAACUUCAGCGAAUCGAGAACUUGGACAAGGCCGUGGAGCAUCUGAUGAGGCGAGUCGAGGCUCUCGACUCCAGGGUGAACGACAACAUCGAAAAGACGGAUGCCGUGAUCGCCAAGCUGAAGAGUCUGGACCUGAAGCUCUUCCACGGGCCCAGGGCGGCGGUAGAGUCCGGCGAGACAUCGGCGGAAGCGGCCGGGAGGAUCCGGGCCCAGGUCGCGGCUCCGGGUCUCCCCGAUCGACAACCCGGCCUUUCGCUCCGGUCGACACCCGGCGUCGACGAGCCGUCCGCCGAGUCGCUGGGCGAGAAGCUACACUCUCUGGAUCGGAAGGUUUCCGACAUCGACGACAAGCUCGUCGACUUGAAGAAUCAAUUGGACAACAAUUUUUUGCCGAACGACGACAUCAAUGCCGAGGCCAGCGAAAAGAGGCCCGUCAGCGCGAGCGCGAUAGACGCGGCCAAGACGAUCGGGAACGAGGUCAUGAACCAUGUCAGCAUCGAGAUCGAGAAUCUGCGCCAGGCGACCGGCAACAUGGACCGCAAGCUCCAGUUCCACAUGAACCUGGUCUCCGAGAACCUCGGGGCGGUUUACGCCAUGCUCAGAGACGUGCACAACGCCGUCGUCGACAGAGAGGCGGCGGCCAAUUUCAGUACGAGCACUCUCGGCCCUCGUCCCUCGAGAGCCAGCAAGAUCGACCGGCUGGCCGAGAGCAUGCAUCCGAUGCUCACCGUUUCGGAGAAAAUGGACCAGGUCUGGAACGUCGUGGUCGGGACCAAGAGCUCCGUGGACGACCUGGUGCCCAAGUCCGACGAGCUGCUGACGCAGACCCAGCGCCAGGAGCGAGCGAUCAGCGAGAUCCACGCCGACCUCCGAUCCAAGACCAACAAGAUCAUCGAGAAUCUCGAGGGCGUGGAGAGCAGACUCAGGAAGCAGGACGACGUCGCGAUGCUCGCGCAGCGUCCGGUGCCGGCCGAACUGCUCCUCGACCCCACCAUCGACAGGCUGGUCGAGUACGACCCGACCAGGUACGUCGGGUCGUUGGAGGAUCUGGCCAUGGAGACCGCGCCGCCGACCGGGGUCGGUCCACCGGGAACGUCGACGGUCCCGCCCGGCACGGUGCCGGCGACGCCCUCCGGGGCGGCGACUCCGAGUAACGCCACCCAGACGCCGCCGACCUCGACCCCGACCCCGACCUCGACUCCGUCCCCGACCCCGACCCCGACCUCCACCUCCUCCGGCCAAAGAUCGUCCCCGAGAAAUCGUGGCGUCAUCUUCCCGAGUGUCAAGAACAAGCCGAGUCCCGCCAACUCGACCUUCACCACGGAUCUCCUGAUCAAUUACAAGGACAUCAAGGGCUAUUCCUGCGUGGAUCUGCUCAAUGCUGGCAUGAGAGAGAGCGGCGUUUACUACCUUCAAAUACGAGGAACCACCUAUUGGUUCCUCAAGGUCUACUGCGAACAGGAUAUUGCCGAAGGAGGUUGGACGGUCAUUCAACGGAGGGACGACUUCGGAGAGCCGAGAGAGAAUUUUAAUAGAGAUUGGGCCGAUUACAAGAACGGUUUCGGAGACCCCGCUAGGGAAUUCUGGCUUGGAAAUGAAAAUAUCUACAUGCUGACAAACAACGAAGACUACGUGCUCAGAGUCGAGCUCGAGGAUUUUGAGGGGAACAAACGAUUCGCCCAAUAUUCCCACUUUAAGAUCUACUCCGAGGGGGAGUAUUACAAGCUGGAGAUCGAUGGCUAUGAGGGAAACGCUGGAGACUCCUUGAACGACCCGUGGUACGGUUCCAACAACAGUCCAUUCUCGACCUAUAACCGAGAUAACGAUAGGUCGUCAUUGAAUUGCGCUUCGAUGCUGAAGGGCGGAUGGUGGUGGAAGUCCUGCGGGCGUGGAUUAAACGGACUUUAUCUGAACGACCCUCAAGAUCUUACGGCUCGACAAGGGAUCGUUUGGUUCCGGUGGAGGGGAUGGGACUACACGUUGAAGAAGGCCACCAUGAUGAUCAAGCCAAAGGGCCCAACUCCGACCGUGUAGCAGCGGCUCGUCGCAGAGUGGGAGUCUUGAAUUCAUCGUGCCUGCAAUCGAUUAAACCUUGGCGCAACUACCUCCGUGCGAGUACCGUCUGCGUUUGCAUUUAAUUGCCAGGGUAAUUUCGAUCUUAGGGCUACUUCAGAGGCGAUUCCGUGUAACCUCGCCAUCUCGUUUCGGAUCUUUACGGACUGAAGCGCAUUUAAGGGAAGGUUCAUAGAAAUGAUCCAGCACUCAUCGAAUGGCAAGGCUUGACAUUUUCUGUAUCGUUUCCCCUUGUAAGGCUCUUUGUUCGAUCCAUGAAUUGAGAUCGUUGUGACCUGAUUCGCGAAAACGUGCUCGCAAGAAUCCAUCCUGUUGGCCGGUAUUUAUAACAAAUUCUAUGAGUUGCAAAUUCGACUGGAUCGGACGGCUCGUUUGCAUGAAAAAUUCACAACGGGGUAAGCGCAGUAGGUUAAUCGUUAAUUAUAGUACUCAGCGAAUCGAGGCUAAAGGGAUAAUGCUGCAACGUCCGGAUAACUCAAAAACUCAUUUCGAGGAUUGCUCGAAUAUCCAGUAGAGUUGUUCGCUAAGUUUCAGCAUCCCGUCGACACUGGCAUAUACUUAUACCAUUUGUAUUAAUUUAAAGGCAUAAUCAGCAGCUAUGCGGUUUAACGUUGAAAUAUGUAACUACCGAGCAUUCAUGACAUAUUCCUUUCUUUUGCAGUUAGUGUUUCGAUGAAAAGUUUUCAUUGCAUAGUGUGCUCGACGUAUACAGAAAGCGACGCAGCAUUUGAUAACAAAGGAGGAAAUUGACUUCAUUCGAUGUAUCCGUCUAGAAAUUAGUGCUACAAUGGAUCAUAGAUUUAAUUAAAUUUCACCAGAACAAAUCACACCAACAGGGGCUAUGAUUUAGCGUAUUUCAGGAAACGAAAUUUUCUUAAGAAAUCAAGUACAAUACAGAUUCUCUACAAUGUUUUGGCUAUUCGAUUACAGAAUCUGUUACACAUGGCACCGCUAUCGGUUACCCAUGAAAAAAAAAAACAAUUGUAAAUAAGAAUAUCUUGUAACGAGUAUUGUAAUAAGUUGUAAAAAGUCCCUUAAGAAAGGUAUGUUUUGUAAAGUAGAUCGUAAUUAUAAAGAAA